CCUGAGGUCCAAAAGAGAUGCCAUCUCCCCUCCAGCCGCUGCCCACCGCCGCCGCCGCCCUUGCCCAGCACUGCAUCCGCCUCCUCUCAGCCGCCGGCUUCUCGUCCCCCUCCUCCCUCCGCGCGCUCCUCCCCAUCCACGCCCGCGCCGUCCUCCUCGGCAUCGUCACCAACCCCGCCUUCGCCACCAGGCUCCUCGCCGCGGCCGCCCCGUGCUCCCUCGCCUACGCCCGCAGGGUGUUCGACGCCGCGCCGCGCCGCGAUGCCUACAUGUGGAACACCCUCCUCCGCGCCCACGCCCACGCCCACUCCCACUCCCACUCGUCCGCCUCCGACGCCCUCUCGCUCUACACGCGGAUGCGCGCCGCGGGCGUCGUGCCGGACUACUACACCUACCCCAUCGUGCUCCCGGCGUGCGCGGCGGCGCGCGCCCCGCGGCUCGGGCGGGCCGCGCACGGCGACGCGGUGAGGUUCGCGCUCGCGGGCGACGCGUUCGUGCACAGCGCGCUCAUCGCCAUGUACUGCCAGGAGGGAGAGGUGGCGGACGCCCGGCAGGUGUUCCUGGAAAGUGGCCGUGCCCGCACGGUCGUCGCGUGGACGGCCAUGGUCGCCGGCUACGUGCAGAACUGCUUGUUCGCCCAGGGGGCUGCGGUGUUCGGUGCCAUGGUUGCCGAGGGCGUGCUUCCCAACGAGAUCACUCUCAUCAGCUUCCUGCCCUGCCUGCAGGGGCAAGAGUGGCUCGCUGCCGGGGAGAUGGUUCACGGGUUCGUUGUCAAGCUGGGGUUCGAUGCAAAUGCCCCGCUGGUGAAUGCACUCAUCGCAAUGUAUGGGAAGUGUAAGAGCAUCAAGGCCGCAGAGGAGUUGUUCGACGGAAUGACCGCGCGUACCGUUGCAUCCUGGAACACGAUGAUUGCCAUGCAUGAGCAGAACGGUGAGGGGAUUAAGGCGAUCAAGUUCUUCCGCAGGAUGCUUACCGAGAAGGUGGGGUUUGACACCGUCACUCUUGUCAGUGUGCUGUCUGCUUGCACACGCUCAGGAGCCCUUGAGACAGGAAAGUGGGUGCAUGAGCUCGCGAGGAAUCAUGGCCUCGAUGCUGAUGCGAGGAUCGGCAAUGUUCUUGUGGAUAUGUAUGCAAAAUGUGGUGAUCUUGCUUACGCAAGAGUGGCUUUCGAUGGUCUGCGUGCGCCGGGCGUCGUGCCAUGGAGUGCCAUGAUCAGUGCCUAUGCCAACCACGGUGAGCCUGAAGAGGCUCUCAAUUUAUUCUCCCGGAUGAAAGGCCAAGGGGUGAAGCCUAAUUCCUUCACGUUCACCGCGGUUCUGGUGGCAUGCGCCUACUCGGGCCUCGUCGAUGAAGGGCUGAAGCAUUUCAAUAGCAUUGUCAGAGAAUACCGUAUCUCACCAACGCUUGAGAACUAUGCCUGCAUGGUUGACAUGCUGGGACGUGCCGGUAGACUUGUCGAAGCAUAUGAAAUCAUUAAGGGGAUGUCGUUGCGACCAGACAAGUGCAUCUGGGGCGCAUUCCUUGGUGGCUGCAGGCUUCAUGGCAACCUGGAGCUAGCUGAGUUCGUCGCCAAGGAUCUCUUCCAGUCAGGAUCUCAUGAUGUCACGUUCUAUGUCUUGAUGGCGAACAUGUACUUUGAAGCUGGAAUGGUGGAAGAUGCAGAAAGGAUGAGGAGGACCAUGGAGGGGAUGGAACUCAAGAAAACAGCUGGGCGUAGUUCAGUCUGUACCAGUAGAGAAAGAAAAGCCAUCAUCAGGUAGCAAAUUGGAUGCAGCUUUUAGGUUAGACUGCUUGUAAGCAGUUAUAUCCACAUAUUGUCCCUCUCCUCCUGAGGAAAAAUCACACGUUGUUUAGAUGUCCAAAUUAGGCUCUACCAUAUAGUUUCUUCAUAAAUUGAGCUCAGAUGUCUUCUCUGAUCUUGUUAAUUGUACAUUGGGGAUAUCCUUCCGGUUAAAAUCUGAUGACCAGCAGCAUCUCCAGAGGUCCCUUUUUAAAUGUGAU